CCAUCCUAACGUGUCUGAUUUUCAUCUGGACGACGUUCUCGUGCGCCUGCAACAGAACGAUAUUUCGACCUUCUGCCAUCUUUCCGUAGAAAGAAACGAUUUCUCCAGCGACGAGAAUAUCCUAUACUUGAGGGCACCUGGUCGGCUCAUGAUGCAGUGGGGAGUGGGUGCAUUGGUCAACUUCACAUAUCCCGCUGCACGCAAUGCAACUGCGCAGUUAAGAAGCAGAUGGACGUCGGUUGUGCAGCGCUUACUGAAAGCAGUCAACGCAAGCGUCCACUGGUCCAUUGUCGAAAAGCGACUGGAGAAAGCUCUCAUGUUGGAUGUUAUGCUGACGACGGGGACAGCGGAAACUAUGGACUUUUGGAAGCGCUUAUCCUUUGGUGAUCUUUCUAGACCACCCUUCCGUUCGAAAUUUCUGGCUGGCUUUUUUGGCGCUGUUUAACGCCAUGCUUAAAGCAUCUUCAGUAGAAUUUCAAGCCACGACCGCUACGAAGUUCGGGACACCGGUUUCAAAGUAUCUCCUCAAGCUGGAUCAGACGAUAGCGCAGCUGGAAUCGGAUGGUAACGCGGGACGGACGGUAGUGGCUGACUGGCUGUGGUGGAUUGCUGUCGAUCAUUAUCUCAAUGUAUAUCGAGGGACGAACGACUGCGUGCGCCUGGCAAAAGCAGCCAUGCCGUUAGCCUUGUCGGGAAUGUUCUUUAAAACAUUCAUCUCGAGCAAAGCCGUCGAAAAGGCAAAACUGCUCAUAUCCGACAUUGCCAACGGAGUCCGCGAUGCAGUGCUCCUCAAGACGGUCUGGAUGGACCAGCAAACUUAGGAAGCCGGCAUGGAUAAGCUGAAUCAUACAGUGCGGAUGAUCGGUUAUCCCGAGGAGUUUUUGCACCAUUGGACACUCACCGAUGACCUCUACGCAAAGGCUAAUACAAGCGAAGUUGUCAUUCUACGACACACUUCGCACCAUCGAUCAAAGCAACAGUUGGAUCAACCUGCAGAAGCUCUCCCGCCACAACGCCCGCAAUGAUCCUUAUCUUAUACCCGAUAUGACCACUGUAUUCGCCAAGACGUUCUCGGAAUGCAACUAUAUUGCUAUUUCGGCGGCGUGCUUACAAGAACCAAUGUUCUACGCAAGCAACAUGGACAUUGUUAACUACGCUCGCAUGGGUUUCAUCAUGGGCCACGAAUUCACCCAUGUUCUGGAUAUUGGAGGGAAAGAAUUUGGGGUAGACGGCAAACCGUUUAACUGGUGGACGAAUGCGACACAAAACAACUAUAACGCGAGAAAUUUUACUUUAGUGGAUUUUUACAAUGACAUCAGCGCAAAAGACGACAGCGUUGUAUGGACGGCAAACUCUCCUCGAGAACGCUGCCGACAACGGCGGAUUCCGCGCUGCUUACUCGGUUCUUAUUUUUAUUGUAUAUAGGUCUAAUAUACGGCUCGCAAAAAACCGUUUUUCUGCAGGCUUUUCGUAAUUUUAUGCGCCGCACGGGAUAUCACAUCAAACUCCAAGGUGUAGAAGCGCUGAAUGAGAAGCAGUUGUUCUGGUUAAUCGGGGCUCAGGUAACACCUCUGGUGACGGUUAGGACGGGACACAGCUACAGCGCGAGUCGUUUUUAGACUUGGUGCACCCGUAAUCCCGCAUCUGGCGACGCAGAUCACGCACCGUUACGAGUACGUGUGAUGGGAGCUUACAUGAAUAGCGCGGAUUUCGGUGCGGCUUACAACUGUCCGGUGGGAUCUCCGAUGAACCCGCGGA